AUGGCUGCGUCGUCAUCUCCAGUAAAUGUUGCGUGCGUUUGGGGCGCGAAUGGGAUAUCUGGUGUAGCUAUGGUCGAUGCAUUAAUCGAACAGGAUCGAAGUAACUGGAAUCGAAUUAUAUGUAUAUCGAGACGACCAACGCAAUUAGACGUUGAUGAUGAUCGAAUUUAUUUUAUUUCAAUCGAUUUACUUGAAUCUAGUGUUAACGAAAUCGUUACGGAACUGAAAAAAGCAGGUGGGAAAAACAUAACACAUGUUUAUCACUUUACAUACAUCGAAAAACAGGAUGAAAAUGAAUUGGACGAAGUUAAUAAAGUCCUUUUUCAAAAAGCAUUGGAUGCUUCGAUUGAAGUCGCUGGUGAACAUAUAAAAUGUGUUACACUUCAAACUGGCUACAAAUAUUAUGGUGUACACAAAGGUGGUGAAUAUCUUGCAACACGUCCUUAUCAAGAAGAUGCUCCGCGUCAUCAAGGUAGUAAUUUUUAUUACACACAAGAGGAUCUGUUGAAAGAAUAUGCUGGUAAACAUGGAUGGAAGUAUAUCGUUACACGGCCGAAUAUAAUUAUUGGUGUAUCCCGUGGCAAUUUCAUGAAUUUUGCGCUCAGCUUUGCUCUGUAUGCCACUCUACAAAAGGAAGAAGGACAACCACUAUUGUUUCCUGGUAACGAAGUUGCUUGGAAUGCCGUUGUCGAUCAUUCCGAUGCAAUGAACACUGCACGUUUUCAAAUAUGGGCAUCGACAAAUAAUGAAAUUCAUAAUGAAGUGUUCAACAUACAUAAUGGGGAUGAAGUUCGAUUUUGUACAUUGUGGCCAUAUUUCGAAAGAUACUUCGGUUUCGCACCACACAAACAAAUGUUCGAUGCCGACGAUAUUCAAACAGGUGAGAUUGGUAUUUCACAAUUUUCUCUUGCUGAACUUAUGCCAAAACAUAUUGAAACUUGGAACCGACUGACAAAACACAAGCAACUCGACUCAUCGGCUUUCAAUUAUGCAACGUGGAAUUUCAUUGAUUUUGUUCUUGGUCGAGCAUUCGAUGAUCACAGUGACAUGUCUAAAGCUCGAAAAUACGGUUGGAAAACAACGGUUAAUACUGUUGAGAGCUACAUUCGAUGUUUUGAUCGCUUGAAGGAAAUGCAAAUUAUUCCUUCGAUUUAA